AUGAAAAUUUUUAUAGUCACUACUUUAAUAUUAAUUUGUUAUCUGUUACUUGAUCAAGUUUAUGAUCAAUAUUUAUGGGAUUUGAAUACAAUAAUUACUAAAUAUCUUUAAACAUAUUAAGACCCUUUUUAUGAGAUUAUGUUUAAUUGUUUUUCAGAUUGGAUAAACCUUUUACCUCAAAUAGCUUUUUUAAUAUUCAUAUUUACAGAAAAUAAAUUAGCCUACAUUAUUUAUGUGUGUUUAAUUUAAUCAAUAACUUCAAUAAAUUCAGUUUUAAAGAAUUUAUAUCAUUAACCUAGACCUUAUUGGAUAGAAUCUGAAAUUUAAGCUUUAUCUUGCAAUAAAGAUUUUGGUAAACCUUCAGGACAUACUAUGGCAUCAUUGACAACAUUUGCUUUAUUUCCUUUAAUAGUCCUGCCCUAAAACUUUAAAAAAAAGCAUAGGCCAAUUUAAAUAAUAGUAAUUGGUAUUAUGUCCAUUUGGACUGUUAUGGCUGCCCUAUCUCGCAUCUAUUUAGGAAUGCAUAGUAUAGGUUAAAUUCUAUUAGGUUGGGUAUAUACUGGCUAUUUUAUUAUCAUAUAUAUAUCUUAUCUUCAUAAACCAAUCUUAAAUUACUUAAAAAAAAGAUUAUCAUCUGUAGAAAAAGGUAUUAGUUGGAAAUUUGUGGCAAUAACUGGUUUAACCACUUUUAUUUAUUUAAUAAUAUCAAUUCUAUUGUACUAUUGGAAUAAAAAUUAUGUUUAUUAUGAUUAAACAGAACUUAAUUUAUGGUUAUCAAUAAUCUAAUAAAAAUGCUCUAAUUAAACUCAUCUCCUUGAAUUGUCAGACUCUAAAGUUUUCUAUAAUUUCUGUCUCUAUAAAAGCUUUGAGAUUACUUUAAUCUUUUUCAUUAUUUUAGGAAUAAAAAUAAGUAAUGGAAAAUAUGAUGAAGAAUAUUUUAUUCAUAAUUAUUCACUAUUAAAUUAGAAAUAAAAAUUAAUGCGCAUUUUAAUUGUUCUUAUUCUUUUAUUUCCUUUAAAAAUUUUAGAGAUGAAUGAAAAUGACAAUGUUUGGUUAAUAAUAAUUAUUUAAGUAAUUAAUAUUUUUAUAAAAGACUAUACCUUGGAAUGCCUUCUGUGGAUUAAGUCUUACUUUUGGAUAUUCUAAAUUAUUAAAAUAUUAUAAAUUAAAUAUUGAAGGAGAUUUUCUAUAUAUAAAAUAGGUAAGAAAUCAUUUAUUAAAAAUAAGGAUCCUCAAACCAUUUAUGGAAAAUAUAAAGAGAUUAAAAUAUGUGUUUGA